UAGGGAGUAAAACAAAUGCGAAGUGAUAAAGAGGAGGAAGGUAGAAGGGAGGACGAAAACACCGUCGCCUCUGCUUUUUUUCCUUUCUACGUCUCUCGCUGUCUACAGUGUCUAGGGUUUAAUCUUUCUCUUGUAAAGGGGAAGAGGAAUGGACGCUGCGGCCCACUCAGCCGAUGCUGAAAUGGCGGAGGCGGGGCCGCCGCUCGCGCAUCAGGCGGCCGCGGGUUUGGUACAGCCGCCGGGGCUGGAGAGCAUACAGGCCACGCUUAGCUAUGGUGGCAGGUUCAUCCAGUAUAACAUUUUCGGGAACGUUUUUGAGGUCACGUCCAAGUACGAGCCACCCAUCAUGCCAAUCGGGAAGGGAGCAUACGGGAUCGUCUGCUCGGCGUCGAAUUCGGAGACAGGGGAGAAGGUAGCGAUUAAGAAGAUUGCUAAUGCUUUUGACAAUAAGAUUGAUGCAAAGAGGACUCUGCGGGAGAUUAAGCUGCUUCGGCAUAUGGAUCAUGAAAACGUUGUUGCAAUCAGGGAUAUAAUACCACCACCCCAGAGGGAGCCAUUUAAUGAUGUAUACAUUGCGUAUGAGCUUAUGGACACUGAUCUCCAUCAGAUAAUUCGUUCAAAUCAAACUCUGUCUGAGGAACAUUGCCAGGCACGGCCCAAGCGUGCUCCGCACGCGAUCCUACCCGCGAUCAAGCACUUGAUCUCGCUGGUCCCGAUCGCGCCAACCCACUUCCGCUCACACUGGCGCACACUGCACAGACUUCCGCCGCGCCCUGCUCGGCCUUCCGUCAAGUUCCUCCGUGCGCUUCCGAGCACCCGACCUGGGCGAUCUCACUCCUUUGCGAGCUCCGCCCAUUUUACGCAAAUCAGAGCCACUUGCCUCCGACCAGUGUCCACACGAAGUUAUGGUUUUACCUUGCAGCUAAUAGGCACUCCUGAUGAAGCUGAUUUGGGAUAUGUUAAUGAAAAUGCAAGAAGAUACAUUCAACAACUUCCUCGUCACAUUCGGCAGUCAUUUCCUGAGAAGUUUCCACAUGUUCAUCCCUUAGCUAUUGAUCUUGUUGAAAAGAUGUUGACGUUUGAUCCUAGAAAAAGAAUUACUGUGGAAGGGGCCCUUGACCACCCAUACCUUGCAUCAUUGCAUGACAUCAGUGAUGAGCCCAUCUGCAUAGCUCCCUUCAGCUUCGACUUUGAGCAGCAUGCACUAUCCGAAGAGCAGAUGAAAGAGCUUAUAUACCGUGAGGCCCUUGCCUUCAAUUCAGAGUACCAGCACUUCUAGUUUUUUUUUUAUUAUUCUUCAAAUUUGCUCUAUUAAUUGAUCUGUUUUUUCUCUCUCACAUAUGUGUAGUAUUCAUCGGUGCUACUCACUCGAUUUGAUUACUCGCUGUAUAUAAGUUUUAUUGACUAUAAUAUAUGUAAGGCUGGUGUAGGUGAUGUAGAAUUUUGGAAUUUGAUCGAAAUUGAAGACUUAUUUCUUACUGUUUUUUU